AUGGCCUCGGUGGGUCCCUCCGCAGCCUCCGCGCAGCCCGCCCUGCCCUCCGGACCCGCCGUCUUCAAAACCAUCCCCUACGCCUUCAUCCUGCCCGAGAUCGUCUGCGGGACCUGGGUGUGGAUCCUCGUCGCUGCUACCUCUGUCUCCUUGCCGCUGCUGCAGGGAUGGGUGAUGUACGUGUCCCUCACCUCCUGCCUCAUCUCCCUGCUGCUCCUCUUAAGCUACCUCCUCGGCUUCCACAGGAACAGCGAGAACUGGAAAGUGCUGGACAGUUUGUACCACGGCACCACGGCCAUUCUGUACAUGAGCGCCGCGGUCCUGCAGGCCAACGCCACCAUCAACUCUGAGUUCGGCGUCAACGCGCCCCUCAACUACCAACUCAACAGCGCUGCAUCGUUCUUCGCCUUCCUCACAACCUUCCUGUACAUCCUCCAUGCCUUCAGCAUCUACUACCAGUGAUCCUGGCAGCACCAGAUUGACCUUGACAGGACGAGGGCUUUCCCAGUGCGAGAGACCUUGCUGUCAUCCCAAGGUGUCCCUGCUCCAGCCCUGUCACUAGGCCUUAGGAACAGCAAGUCCUUCUGCACUUCAUCACAGGAGGGAUUUUGCUGGCACACCUUGGUGUGCCUGUGGGACAUUUCCUGCCUUGCCUGGGGGAGGGACUUGUGAGGGGAGGGACUGGGUGCAGGCCCCAAGCCUCCAAUACCAACAUUCUGCCAAAUAUUGACAACCAUGGGAAGAGGAAAAAAAAACAAACCACUGUUCCUUCAGCAAACAACCUCCUUUCUUAUGUAAUUUGACUUUCUCCAGUUCAGCUCCAUCCCUUCCCAACACAAGUUCAUAACAAUGAUACAAGAUUGUGUUCCUUGACUUUCAGAUGGUUUCAUUUGGUAAACGCUGUAUUUGGAAUAAAGUGUCAAUGGGCAGA